GACUAGAUGUGAUGGUGGAUCAUCGGAUCUCACUUAACCAAGUUCUGUUGAAAUUGUAAAAGAAAGUUGGUCUCGAUUACUAUGGAGUGUGGCAUUCUUGUGUCAAAAAGUGAUCCUGUAAAGUUCGGCUUCGGAAAAUGCGCGCCCAGCCCUGACGUGGAGCUGCGACGGGGAGCCCGCCUGCCGAGGAGCUCCGGCGGGGAGCUCCGACGGGGAGCCCUGACCGGGAGCCCUGCCCGGGUCGCCAUGCCGUGAGAUGGACCGCCCCCAGACCCGCCAGGCCGCCCCGUACCGCCUGCAGGUGUCCCGGCCUCUGCUCCACGCCUACACCAUCUCGGACGGCGGCCAUGAGCCCGUGGUCGGGUACGCGCUCCCCGUGACGCGGACCCGAGACGGCCACCCUGGGCCCCAGCCCGGUCUAGGCCUCGGACACAACAUGGCCGCGGCCACCCGCUCCCCCGUGUCCAGCCCUUCCCCUACUACCCCCAACAACAACAACAACAAUAACAAUAAUAACAAGUUCGCCGAGCCCGAGGAGGACAUUGCGGCCAUCGCCAAGCAGAUCUCGGACCACGCCGAGGCCAUCUACCAGACGUGGAAGUCGCGCGGGCUCGGCCCGGCUGAGAUCCUGAACAUGCCGCAGAGCGCGCAGAGCUCGCAGGCCAUGGAGCAGCUCGUCAACAAGUUUGUGGUGGAGGACAAGGCGAGGCAGGCGGCUCAGCAGCGACUGUCGCCGGCCACGCCCCGAGCCGUCGAGAAGCUGGUGAACAGCUUCGUGGCGGAGGACAAACCCCGGCACGGCCUCGGCCUCCGCCAGGGGUCGCCGUCGUCGCCGUCCUCAUCGCCGAGCCUGGACCUGGUGGCCGCCGGGCUCGUCUCGGACGAGAACAACAAAGUGUCGUCGAGGCGGUCUCCGGUGCCGUCCCCCGCCAUCGAGCAGCUCGUCAACAGCUUUGUCUCGGAAGACAAGGCUCGCCUGGCUGUGCAGCAGCAGCAGCAACGCGCCAACAAGAGCUUGCCCAGCUCCAUUCAGUUCGCGCUUCAAAAGUUCGAGAACAAGACGAGCCCUUCCCCGGUGGACGGCAGGACCUCCCCCACCGUCACCAAGACCACCACCACCACCUCCCCCCUCAGCCCGGCCCAGCCCACCAGGAUCACGCCGAACAAGGGGCCCGUCACGCAGCAGCCCCCGCUGCACCACCAGGAGAUCUUCCUCGAGACCAUCGAGACCUCCUUCCCGGAGGACCUCAUCACCAAGCCCCGGUCGCCGACGUCGGACACGGUGGACGGGUCGGCGUGGCCUCUCAAGCACAAGUCCUCGCCGCGCCGCGCCUCCGAGUACCUGGACGAGGUGGCGCGCGAGGAGGAGCGUCUCAUCAACGCCCUCAAGACGGGCAUCAUCCUGGCCGAGGACCCCACCGUCAACAACAACAAGAACAGCGGCAGCAAAAAGCAGGCCGACAAGGACAAGUCCCCCGUGAAGAAGGCGGCGGGGGUGGUGAAUAACAAGCCGGUCGUGGACGUGAACGGCAAGCCGGCCGUGAACGGCCUGCGGCCGCACCACGCGCCCUCCUCCCCGGCCAACAAGGUGCCGCACCCCGCCAGCCGGCCCCGGCAGCACGCCUCCACCCCCGCCGCGCCCCACUCCCCCAACCCCGUGCGCCCCUUCCUCACGCGCGGCUCGGUCGCGGAGCGCGUCCUCAUCUUCGAGAAGUGCCCCACCGAGCUGCUGCGCGACAGCGCGCGCCGGCCCGCGCCCGCGUGGAGAGCGCCCCAGGGCGAGGUGCAGGCCCGAGCACAGGUGAGUCUCGACGAACGUAUUUUUUUCACCUCUCUAUUCAAAAAAUGA